AUGUCAAAACCUAAACUAAAUAGUUUAAUAAAUACAAGUUAAUUAACUCAAAUUGAUAUACCUAAUGCAAUGCUUCAGUCCCCUACUAAACCCUUUAUGCCAAAACAUAACGAAAUUAAAUCAUUGGUAAGAGUGCCUUCUGAAGAUAGUCUAUUUUUUUCUCAGUUCAAUUUGUCAAAGGACACUCACAAUGAAAUCGAUAAAAACUCAAUCUACUAACUAAAAAAAUAUCCAUAAACUCAUACAGUAUUGAAAUCUUCUCUAAAAGGUAAAAACAAAUAGAAUCAAGCUUAAAAUCCUAAAUUCUAAAGCCAAAGUCCUCAUGCGAAAUAAUAAAUUAAAUGCCAUUCUCAUUCGCCUAUUUAUAGUACUUCAAAGGCUGAAAUCAAAACAAAAAAAAGCUCUAAAACUUCUAAAAAAGUAAAUAAGUAAUAAGAAUUGAAACCAAAGAGAAAAUACUCGGAUGCACCUGUUCAAAAAGAAAAGCAUAAAUAGAUUAGAAGAAAAAUUAGUGAUAUAAGGGACGAUCACAAUUUUAUCAUUGGCGUUGAGUGUUUUAGUCCAACAAAAUUCAGAAAUUACACCCCAACUUCAAUUUUAAAAAGGAAAGAUUCAGAUAUAGAGACUAAUUCUCCUUUGAAAAAAUAAGUAAGAUUCAAAGAAGAAGGAAUUAAUCUUAAGUUACAUCAUAUAUGA